AUGUUGGAUGCCAACAAUGUGCUUGUGAAAAUUUAUAGGAUGGUUAGAGAUUGCUUCCAAGAGAAUCCUAAUACUACUUUGAAGCUUCGCCUUAUUGGGAACAGAGAACAAGAUGGUCGGACUUAUAACUUACCUACUUCCUCUGAGGUUGCCGCUCUUAUUGUUGGAGAUAUUGAUAACGCUCUUGAGAAUAGAGAUAUCGUUGUCGAGACACAAACGGGGUCAUUAAAAAGAAUAAGUGAGUUGCAUCCUUCCUAUCUUGCACUUCAGUAUCCUAUUUUGUUCCCAUAUGGAGACGACGAUUACAGAAUUGACAUACCCCAUAGGGGUGUCAUUGAUGUUACUAACAAGAAACGUCCGAAUUGUACAAUGAGAGAGUUCUUUGCGUAUCGUUUCUUGGUUGAUGCUUAUACGAUGAUUGAGAGCGAGCGACUUAACUUUAUAAGAUUUCAGCAACAUGAUCUCAGGUCUGAUACAUACGAGAGUAUCCGCAAACUAAGAUCUAACGGCCAACAAGAUUUGUGUAAGGUUGGAAAAUGUAUUUUCCUUCCAUCUUCGUUUACAGGCGGGUCACGAUAUAUGAUGCAAAACUAUCUAGACGCUAUGGCUAUUUGUAAAUGGUAUGGUUAUCCCGACUUUUUUAUAACCAUUACCUGCAAUCCCAAGUGGCCGGAGCUUCAAAGGUUUCUUAAGGACACAAAUCUUAAUCCGGAGGAUAGGCCUGGUAUUCUAUCGCGAAUAUUUAAAAUAAAGCUGGAUGCAAUUUGCAAAGAUUUGAAAGACCGUCAUUUGUUUGGAAAAGUUGUUGCUGUUGUUUACACUAUUGAGUUUCAGAAGAAGCGAGGAUUGCCUCAUGCGCAUAUGUGCUUAUUCAUGGAAAAUGAUUACAAACUUCCAACUGUAGACCAUGUUGAUCAGUUUAUUUCUGCAGAAAUCCCUAAUAUAAAUGAAGACCCGGAACUAUAUACGCUUAUGAAAGACCAUAUGAUUCACGGUCCAUGUGGUAACGCUAGAAUGAGCUCUCCAUGUAUGGUUGAUAGAAAAUGUUCAAAAGGUUUUCCCAAGAAAUUUCAAGAUCAGUCAACCUUGGAUUCUAACGGAUUUCCCUUAUACAGAAGAAGAGAUGAUGGUGCUUUCGUUUUAAAAAAUAGAAUUGAGUUAGACAACAGAAGUGUUGUACCUUACAACAAAAAACUUUUGAAAAGAUAUCAGGCACAUAUAAACGUUGAAUGGUGCAACCAAGCGGCAUCAAUAAAGUAUUUGUUCAAGUAUAUUAAUAAAGGCCCUGAUAGAGCAACAGUUGUUGUGGUUCCGAGCAAUAAUCAAGACGAGCAAGCAGAAAAUGAUGAAAUUAAAGAGUAUUAUUAUUGUAGGUAUAUAUCGGCUUGUGAAGCCUCUUGGAGGAUAUUUUCGAAUGAAGUUAAUUAUAGGAGUCCUUCUGUUAUGAGGUUGCCUUUCAAUCUUCCUGGACAACAAACAGUUUAUUUCGGUCCUGAUGAAGAUAUUAAUCACGUCCUAAACAAGCCAUCUGUGAACUCAUCAAUGUUUUUGUCUUGGAUGCAACGUAAUCAAGAUCCUAACGACACCGUUGCACGUACACUAACAUAUGUACAGUUUCCACGUUGGUAUGUGUGGAAGCUUGACCAGCGUAUAUGGGUUCCGAGAAUAAAAGGAAAAACAAUUGGCAGAAUUCAUUCCGUUUCUCCGUCUACCGGUGAAGCGUACUAUUUAAGAAUUCUUCUUAACAAAGUUAAAGGACCAACAUCGUUUGAUGAUAUUAAAACAGUUUAUGGUCGAGUGUACAAUACUUUUAGAGAUGCUUGCUAUGCGCUUGGUUUGUUGGAUGACGACUCAGAGUACAUUGAGGCCAUCAAAGAAGCAAAUAUAUCAGGUAGCGCAGGUUAUAUUCGCAAUUUAUUCGCCACCAUGUUACUAUCAAGCACUUUAUCUAGACCUGAAGUAGUCUGGGAAAGCACAUGGAAGUAUAUGACAGAUGAUUUUCAUUACAGAUUCUCAAAGCAUCAUCGUGUUUCAGCUUUAUCAAUUCCUGACGAGCAACUAAAGAACUAUGUUUUAUGCGAAAUUGAGAAGUUUUUAACUCGAAAUAAUUCAUCGCUUCGAAGAUUUGUAUCAAUGCCUUACCCAGAUACUUCAUCUUUAGAUAACUUUCGCUGCCGAUUGAUUAACGAAGAGCUUGCAUAUGAUAGAACAGAUUUACAAAAUGUUUAUGAAGGUCAGGUGAAUUUGUUAACGGAUGAACAACGUUCAGUAUAUGAAGAAAUUAUGAACGCAGUUGAUGGAAACAACGAAGGAGUAUUUUUUGUUUAUGGUUAUGGCGGAACUGGUAAAACAUUUUUAUGGAAAACAUUGUCUGCUGCAAUUAGGUCAAAAGGUGAAAUCGUAUUAAACGUUGCAUCUAGCGGAAUUGCAUCAUUGUUGUUGGAUGGAGGAAGAACGACGCAUUCUAGGUUUCAUAUACCUUUGAAUCUUAAUGAGGAUUCCGUUUGUCACAUUAAACCUGACGAUGAUGUAGCUAAAUUACUACAACAGACCAAACUCAUUAUAUGGGAUGAAGCUCCUAUGGUUCAUAAACAUGCAUUUGAGGCUUUGGAUAGAACUAUGCAUGAUAUUUUCAAUAUCUCUAAUUCAUGCAGAACUGAUGUUCUGUUUGGAGGUAAGGUUAUUGUUUUUGGUGGUGAUUUUAGGCAAAUAAUACCUGUUGUUCCAAAUAGUGGACGACAAGAAAUUGUGAAUGCCUCAUUAUGUUCGUCUUAUCUGUGGAGGAAGUGUAAGUUGUUUACUUUAACUCGAAACAUGAGGUUAACCGUUGGAAGACCUACAUUUGAAGUUGAAGAGAUCAAUAAUUUUGCAAAAUGGUUGUUGGACGUUGGUGAGGGAAAUGUUGGUGGUUCCAAUGAUGGAGAAGCAAUAAUUGAAAUACCACAUGAGCUUUGUAGGAUCGUGCGACUGACCUAA